AUGAGGAUGCUGACAUCUAGUGCUGUGUCAUCCAUGCUUUGUUUAAUCUGGAUUGUUGGUGUCUGUCCACAGUUUUUCCCUGAUGACCGAGGUGUGGAUCUCCUUAAUCCUGAAGGAUGCACCGUGACAGCAGCGAUGCAUGAGACGCUAGGGCUAGUGCUGGAACACCUGAGUGAAGUGGCAGUUUGCUCUGCAGAAGCUGCUUACAAAUUAUACCAGGAAAGUCUUGAUGUGUACCAUAACGCUGGACAUCUUGUCAACAGCUUCCUAUUUUCUAUCACGGUUGAAAGGAAGGCACCUUUGUCUCAUGGAAUGCCAGAAUUCCUCCGAUCCAAGCUGCAAAUCUUCAGCCUCGCUGGUGGUGUUGCUGUGGAAGAACCACUAAGUGCCAGCCCCUUGCUGAGAGUAAUGGAGCUAAAGGAAAGUUCCAGCAGCUUUACCGAUUGUGAACUGCUCCCAGUGCUGCUCUGUCAGGCCUUUGAGGGAAAUGGCCACACGCUCUUCGUAUACUGCAUAAACUCCUCAGUUGCUGGCCUUCAUGAUAAAGAGAUUCCAUUAGCCCUGACCUUGGCUCAGAGAAUGAGAAGCUUUAAAACUUCAGCGACCAUCGGUCAAUGGGAUCCCAAAAUGGCCACCCUUAACCUUCAGACCCUUAUAAAGGAGCAGAGAAUGAAGAUAAUGGCACUGGAGGACUGUGGUGAAGAAGACAUCGCCCAACUGAAGGAUCUGAUCAAGCAGCAGCAGAUUCUCAAAAAUGAGAAAUGGGAAAUAAAGAAGGAACGGUCAACAGAAGUGGAGGAGAUGAGGAAAAGGAAGCCUGCUCUUCAGGGCAGUUUGCACUCGUCAUCCCAGUCAGAGUGCGCUGGGAACACAGGAGGUGCAGAGCAACACAAAGAAAGGGCCCAGCAGAAGAUCAAACAGCUGCAAGAAGAACUGAGAAAGGAAAUGGAGGACCACCUGCUAAAUGGGAAAGUGAGGGUCGAUCAAAACCAGGAACGUCUCAUCCGAAUUCAGCACCUCAAGGAAGAGAUUGGGAGAGAGCAGAUGGUGCAGAAUUACUCAAGGCGAAUGCGCCCUAAUGAAGAUGCCAAGGAAGAAGGCCUUGGCUGUCAUAUUCCUGAUAUGGAAAUGGAGUAUGCAGAGAGUGUUAAGAGACUGUCUCGGCUGAAGGAUCAACACACUCAGCUCAUCAAAGGAGAGCUCAAGAAGAUGGAAGAGGAACUCAAGGAAGAAAAUAUUGGGGGAGGAUCGAUGGAGAGUUACAAACUGAGAAGAGAGCAGGAGAUUUUAAUACUCCAGCUGGAGGCAUUACGGCUCGAGAGAAAUGAAGCAGAAGAAAGCCUGAAGGCGAACCACAGCCGACAUGUCCAAGUUCUGAACAGGCAGAGAGCGCGUAGCAUGCAGGUGUUCCGUGCAUUUCGUGAGCUCACUGAGAAACAGAAGGAGGUUUUAACCCAACGCUACCACAGCCUGCUGCUGGAGUCCAUUCAAGACGCAGUGCAUCUGUCAGCACAAAACCAGAAGUUACAGCUGGAGAAUCUCGAGCUUCAGAGCGAGCUGAGGCAGGUAAAGUCAACGAAGAAAGUCCAAAAGCUGCCACCAACCUGAUGGGAACGAGUCUGUCGACUGAGAAGGGACUGUUGGUGCUACGGGUGAGCUUUUGGGACAUUUGAAAGGUGAGCAGUGACCACACCAACAGUUCAUACAACUACCACACUGUGCUCUGCUUUGAAACGUCGUCCCAGUCCACUUCCACAAGCUGCUUUCUGCAAUAACAAGGGAGCAGGAAACUCUUUAAAGGUCUCUAGUCGUGGAAGAAACAAAAAGACACCCUUCCUUCAGUUUAACUCAGUCAUUUAUCUGUAUUUGCAUUAUGUAUUGAUUUAUUCCCAAAUAUUACUUUUCAUAUUUUAAUUAUUCAUUCAUCUGCUCAUUUACUUCUAAUGUAUUAUUUUCCUUUUUUACUUGCAGUUUUUUCUUCUUAAAUAUCUUGUAAAGCAUCAUGAGCUACAUGUUUUGUUCUGAACAUCUGCUAUAGAUAUACAAGUUGUUGUCAUUGGCAGUCGACGGGCCUUCAGUCUUGCAGCAUCAAAUAUUGUGCCAUUUUCUUUUUUUCAGUCUGAAUUUUACCGUACAAAUACUUCAAGUCUCAUUUGUUUUUCAUGAUAAUAAAACUUUGAAACACUGUCAGUUUUUUGAUGGAAAAAAUAAAUAAA